AUGAUAAUCGAUAAAGCUAAAUUUCAUUAUCAAGAGCUGCAUAGGCUUCGCACAGCAGAUCUUGAUGGCAUUGCUGAGAUUGAAUUUUGUCGCUUGCUAGCAAUUCUCGACAAGGUCAGUGAAUCUGCCAGUGUAGAAAUGGAGCGAAUCAGUAUGAAAGUACACAAUUUGAAUGACAACAUUGCAUCGGUUGAUGGACACCAGACAGAGUUUCAAGAUAGCUUUGGUGUAGUCAUGCUUGAACUGUUAACUGGGCGAAAACCUUUUGAUAGCACAAGGCCAUGGUCAGAGCAGUCCUUAGUUCGAUGGGCAGCUCCUCAGCUCCAUGACAUUGAUGCAUUGGAUAAGAUGGUUGACCCGGCUCUACAGGGGCUGUAUCCUGGAAAAUCUCUUUCUCGGUUUGCUGACGUGAUUGCCCUCUGUGUUCAGCCGGAGCCAGAAUUUAGACCACCCAUGUCCGAAGUAGUACAAGCGUUGGUUCGCUUGGUGCAGAGAGCCAACAUGAGCAAGAGAAUGCUCGGAAGAGAAGGCAAUGACUCGGGAAAAAGGAUCGAUGAUACUAAAACACAGGACUACAUGUACUAGGACUUGGCUUGGCUUGUAUUUUUCAACAUAUUUAACCAAAAAUUUGUUCCUCUUGAAAUGAUAUCACAUUAGUGCGCAGAUAUAGGUAAAAUACUCUUCUGUCAUUACUUAUAUAUGUAAUGUAGUGUAGUUACGUGUGAACUCAUGCAUUCUUCGAUAGAAUUAAUUCUUUUCCUGAGAUGA